AUGCAUCGUGCGUAUCAGCCAAUCACACCGGCUAAUAAUAAACUGUUGAAGAAACGAUGGGACGACAGGCGAUUUGACCGCCAUCGACAGAAAGUUCGAAAUGCCAAGCCGGUCCUUGACAACAAGCCUCCCCAGACGUACAUGCAUCUUCAUCUGAAACUGAAGAAACUACAAGUAGAGGAAGAACGUCUAGCAACCAUUGAGAGAGAUAACCGCAUCCUCCUUGAGAAGAUGUAUAACAUCAUGAGGACAAGAGGACGAGUGGAUAACACGAACGACUACGAACAGAAGAGCCUAAACAAGACGAAGCGACAGCGGGAGAUCCUGCGAGUAACGCAUGAGAACCAAGCCAUACUCCGUCGGAUCUUGUCCAAGGAAGCAAACUAUAGCCACCAACAAUGGGAACAUGAAUGGGCGUUGAACAAGCAGUACAUGGAAAACAUCGCUAAGUAUCCCCAAAACUACCCAGAGACCCGGGACAGGAGAAAGUUCUAUGAAGAGGUUCAGAAUGCCAGAGAUGAUAAAAACAAUGAAAAACAGCCGCCGGCAAGUCCCGAUAGUGUGACAUCCGAUGGAUCAAGUGCUAGAUCCCCAACAGAGAGUCCACGCAACUGA